UGCUCCCAUCUCCAUCUCCACCACAUAAAACAUACAAGGCUUUGCUUCAAACUACUGAUAAAACUUCUUUGUGUCUCAUACCAAUCCCGCUUCCAUAAUUUUGAACCUUGUUUCAAAAUAUAGACAGAAAGUAUGAUUUUACACAUACCAGCUUCUGUAAAGGCUCCAUUGCUAUCCAGUCCUAGAAAGCUUCAAAAACUAACGAACACAAAAGCCAGGUUUUCACCAGGCAAGUUGUAUAUCAUAAGAGGAUGUAGUAGCCAAGGAGAAGGAGAGAAGAAGACGGAAAGGAGAAGUUUCUUGACUCUAGAAGAAGCUGGUCUGGUUGAGAUAUCUGGGUUAAGCACUCACGAGAGGUUCCUCUGUCGAUUAACGAUAUCAUCUUUAAAUCUGCUAAGAGUGAUAUCAGAGCAAGAAGGAUGCUCGAUUGAGGAGCUGAAUGCAGGAAGGGUAUGUGACUGGUUUGUGAAGGAUAAACUGAAAAGAGAACAAAACUUAGAUUCUGCAGUUCUUCAAUGGGAUGAAUCUGAAUUCCCAAUUUGAGCUUAGGUUACCAGGUUCAUUAUCCGAAAUGGGAGUUCUGAUCAUGGUCUUGGUUCAUAAUCAACACAAACUAUUGCUAAUUAUCCUUCAUGAUCAAAGCUCUGUAUGAAAGCAUUUGUUUUAGGGCCUCAAAGGGUGUUGGGCAAUUGCCUGUUUUCUUGUAUCUACCGUAGCCUGGUUCCUUAGAGGACCAAUCACUGCCUUGAAUUGGGCCGUGACUUAGCUCAUCUCUGCUCGAUAAAGUCAAGUUUUGAUCACCAA